UAAGAUUCAAGUGCCAGCCGUGAGAGAAGCGAUAAGAACUGUUUUAACAGAAUCUAAUGAAAAGGGUCGUAAAUUUACUGAAACUAUUGAAUUACAAAUUGGCUUAAAAAAUUAUGAUCCUCAGAGGGACAAACGUUUCAGUGGGACCGUAAAACUUCCUAACGUUCCGCGUCCUAAAAUGUCCGUAGCCAUUCUUGGAGAUGCUCACGAUUGUGAUCGUGCCAAAGAAAUUGGCUUGGAUUUUAUGAGCGUUGAUGAUCUUAAAAAACUUAAUAAAAAUAAAAAACUAAUUAAAAAACUUGCUAAAAAAUAUGAUGCAUUUUUGGCAAGUGAAGCUUUAAUUAAACAAAUUCCAAGAUUAUUGGGUCCUGGAUUGCAUAAAGCGGGUAAAUUCCCUACUCCAGUUACUCAUAAUGACGAUUUAAACGCAAAGGCCGAUGAAUUACGUUCAACAAUUAAAUUCCAAUUAAAGAAAGUAUUAUGUUUGGGAGUAGCAGUUGGUCACGUUAAAAUGAAUGAAGAUGAAUUAGUUGCAAACAUUAUGUUAAGCAUUAAUUUCUUGGUUUCUUUACUAAAGAAAAAUUGGCAAAAUGUGAAAAGUUUAUAUAUCAAAUCAUCUAUGG